AUGCAAGACCAAGUUCUAUCGUUGAGUGUACCAAAUAUAUCAGCUUGUUUACUUGGCAGUGCCCAAGCCCACCCAGCAGCUACAAUCGAAGGAAUUUUAAACAAUAAUCAUUCAAUAGUGUAUUUGACUUCAGAGUUUCGUUGGCUCAGAAAACAGUUGCUGUAUGAAAUUAAAAAGCGAUGCCGAUUGGUUCUAAUUGCUGUUGAUGAGGCCCAUUGCGUUAGUAAUUGGGGCCACCAUUUCAGGCCUGAGUUUAGGCAGUUCGGCAUUUUUAAGGAGAUUUUUGUGGAUGUGUCCGUAUUGGCUGUCACUGCAACCGCAACCAAAUAUGUCUACGUGGACAUUAUUAGUGUUUUGAAAUUGCAAAAUCCCCAAGUGAUUUGUCCUGGCUUUGGCAGGCCCAAAUUGUAUUUCAAAGUGCGGCCUAAAGACCAGAGCGUUUUGCGGGAUUUGCAAGAAGUGAUGAUUCGCAAAGAUGAGUUGCACCAAAAUGUUUUAGAUCACGGGACCCUAAAAGAACAUCAUAUUUGUCGUGCCAUUUUAGUAUGCGAAAAUUUAUAG